UAUCUGUAAGACUUGCUGCUGAAAAUACAUAUAUAGGCGGAGAUAUAAAAGGCUAGGCCUACCACAGGCUUGAAUUAGGAGUGUACAUUGAGAAUCUUUGGGAAAUGACGUCAUCAAACAUUUACUUCAGAACAUGUGAUCAUGACGUAUAAUUUGCUCAGUCCAACACGGAAGUAUUUGCAUGCAAUACACGGCCACUGAGGACCACCAAGAGGACUGAAAACAAAUCGAAGGUCUGUCUGAAAGUCUAGAAACCGCUUCAAAGAAAGUUUCAACAUGCCGAACUUGGAUAAACAUCUGUUCAACCUAAAGUUUGCUGCCAAAGAGCUACAGCGGAGCUCCAAAAAAUGUGACAAAGAUGAGAAAGUCGAAAAGACCAAAGUGAAGAAGGCUAUCCAAAAGGGAAACAUGGAGGUAGCACGCAUCCACGCUGAAAAUGCCAUUCGGCAGAAAAAUCAAUCCGUGAACUUCCUCCGGAUGAGUGCACGUGUCGAUGCGGUAGCAGCAAGAGUUCAGACCGCUCUUACUAUGAACAAGGUAACAAAGGACAUGGCUGGUGUCGUUAAGGGAAUGGAUGCUGUCAUGAAGUCCAUGAAUCUGGAGAAGAUCUCGUCUUUGAUGGAUAAAUUUGAACGCCAGUUUGAGACUUUGGAUGUCCAGACCGCUCAGAUGGAGGACACCAUGAGCAGCACAACCACCCUGACCACCCCGCAGGGUCAAGUGGAUAAUAUGAUGAAGGAGAUGGCAGAUGAAGCAGGACUGGAUCUGAAUAUGGAGCUCCCAGAAGGUCAAAAAGGAUCCCUUGCAGGUGCAAGUGUGGCAUCUACAGAGCAGGAUGAGUUGUCUUCCAGACUUGCCAAGCUACGGGACCAGGUGUAAUAGAACUGCCAUUAAACCUGUUGGAUGUGUGAGCAUCUGUCUGUUUGUCUGAAUGCUUGCUUGCUUGAUUGGCAUUUUUUUUUAUCUAAAAGCAAUGUGGCGAAUGCAAGUGGGAUUGGUGUAUGGGUAAAAUAGUUUGCAAAAGAUUCAGUUCAGGAAUAUUGUAUAUGAGUUAAAGUGUAAUGAAAAAAUUCUCCUUCCUGGUCUUUUUUUUUGUGCCAUACAACACUAAAGCUACGAUUUCUGGUAAAUAGAAAUAUAUUUACUGUUUUUAAAUUAUUAUUAUUUUUUUAUUUUUUUACACUUUCCCCCUGAAGUGGCCAAGUUCAGUCUGUUGGUGAAAAUCUAUAAUAAAGCUGCCUCUCAAAGUUCUAGCUCUGCAUUUUAUAUUGCAGUGUACUGUACAUAUCUAUAAUGUAUAUAUUCAUGUGACUACUCUAUGAUCACGCUCAUUUCUUUAUGCUAGAUACUCAAUGUUGGUGCCUUUUUUUGGAAAAGAAUGGAUGUAUCUCUUGUAUUACUAUGCAAUAAAUAUUUUGUCACUUUUAAA